CUUAACUAUUUCGAUUUUAUAUCCUAAUGAAUUAUUACAAUGUUUCUCAAUUUCUAUUGGAAAAAUCCUGCUUCGUGGAUAAAUUUCUAAGGGUGUGUAACAUUGAUGCCAGCCGUUUUAGUUCGUGUUGCUAUAAGUUCUAGUACUAAAGUAACACUAGUGGACUGGUUCCCCAUUUGUAGUUGUCCGAAAUGGGCUUAAUUAGAGUUAAAUUUAAUUGAGAUCAGAAACAGAAACUCAUGUUCAUCUCCAUAUUUGUUUCACAUUGCAGCCUGAUUGCAUCCGAUAAAUUUUGAUGUGUAGCCCUGGUAAAUUACCGUUUAGAUAGACAGUGGAGACCUUAUAUGUUCGGUAAUGAGUUUCAUUUACAGCUUGUACGAACCACAAUCUAUUGUUGACUUUAGUAAAUUUCUGAUAGCUAUGGCUAAUGCGUUGUGCGAUUUCAUCCCAAGACUCAAAUGAGACUUACCUUGCUCAGUCUUUGGGAAGUAUGUGUGUACAUGUUUAUCUCUUCCUUAGUAGUAACCGCUCAGGUUCUGACUACAUUGUAGGGGAUCUUCGUCAACUCGGGUGGCAGAGAUAUUUGUUCUUCAAUCAUUGCCUACCUUGAGGUGCAAUGUUGGCUAUUGUAGGAGUAAAUCAGAGGAAAAUUAGGCCCUGCUAGACCAAGAUGGGACGUGGGUUCAUGACGCCAUUGACUGUUGGACUUAGUCUCAUUGGUUGGCACAGACUAUCUGGUUGGAGUCCUUUAACCAGUGGUUAAAGAUGUUCGAUUACAUGAAUCGAAACUAUUCAUCGUGCCGCAUUCACACUGUCUUCCUUAGAUCCUGAAUUUUGAAGUUGUUUUAUACUUAUGUUCCAUGAAUUCGUAUUUCCUUCGAUAAUCAUAUAUUCUGUGUCUAUUUUUCUUACUUCUGAUACUGUUACUACUGCUAUGCUGCGUAGUAACCUGAGCUGAUGCACAUAUGUACCGGGUUCUACGUUGUUUACGAAUGACUGAAGGUCACAUGUUACGAUAGAUUACACAGCUAGUUGUUUUAUCCAUUCCAUGUUAUCGGAGUUAAGUGGGUUUUGUCGGUUUUGGCAUUCUGAGAUCAUCCAGGAAGAUCUCAAACACCUCAAAAAAGCUAGAAGUGUUAAGAAGAACGAUAAGAAAAUAUAAAUAUGGUGAACCCAACCCAACAGACCGUUUUAACUAUUUUCUCUACCUGAGUAUUGUAUUCAACCGACUCCUAUCUUAUGUUUACGGUCAUUAUAUGUACCUAGUUGACAGUAACAUCUCUGCUCACUACAUAUUUAUUUGAUUUGUGGAUCGUUGGUUUAGCUACGUUACUUUUAAUUGGCGGAUUCAAUCGUCUCCUUAUCUUCCAAGCGUUGGAUAACCAGCAUCACUGAUACUCAGAAUAAAUCAUAAUUAUUACCGUGUACAGUAACCUGUACAUAAUUUAUAAUUUACAUGAUUUUUAGUGGUCUCAGUUUAUGUGCCGCACUAUAUUGGUAGCUUAAACAGUAAUUUUUAUGAAUUGUCUACUUCCGUUCUAAGGAGAGUUUUUAGUUUAGUCACAUACUAACCAUACAUUUAUAAAUCCAUGGCCCCUUCCAUCUAUUAGAGUUAAGGGAACCAAAUACUAUCUAACUCAGAGUGUAAUUUCCGAGAUUAAUGUGUGGUAUAAUCGUCAUAAAUAUUCUCCAAGUUUUCUGCUCAUUCAUUUAAUUACUUUGUUUAUUACUAUUAUUAUAAUCGCUAAUGUUCUAUACAUUUUUUGCAAGGUAAUGUCUCAUAAAAAUACGGAUUUUGUGAUAGUGAAAUUUGAUUAUGAGGCAUCAGAUAGUCAUGAGCUUGGAAUUCAAAAAGGUGAAAAAUUAACACUUAUCGAUGAUAGCCAACAUUGGUGGAAGGUGAUGAAUUCCUUUGGAAAGACUGGCUAUGUCCCUAGCAAUUAUGUCAAGCGUUCAAAACAAGGUAUAUUUUCAAGUUUGCGAAAUACUCUGGGACGCCGGAAAAAUCGUCAGGAAGGUACAAGCACUAGACAGUCCAAUCCUUCUUCACCUACCCCGGAUGGGAGUAAUGGCUUUUCAGCUUUUGAUUUACGACACGAAAGUGCAGAGUCCCUUGGAGCUAAAGUUGUCAGCACAUCUGCGUCUACAAGCAUUUUAAUUCCUCCAAGUCAAGCAUUUGCGGAUAUGAGACUUCAGGAAGGAAUCUCUGACAGCUUUUCUAUCCCCUUAAAUAAUCAGAUAUCCGUUCAACACGCGAAAAGAUUUCAAGAUGCAAAUAAAACGGUUGAUAGUGAAUCAGUUAACUGGCUGUCGAAAUCUGAUGCAAGACAAGCUUACCCCCAGCAUUCCAUACCAAAUUUUCAAAAUGGACAUGGCGCUGUAAAUGUUUCCUUAUCACUGUUCCAGCAAACUACUAAUAUUAUGACAGGAACUUUAAAUAAUACGUCCUAUUUUGGCACUGGAACUGGUUUAGGUCGUCAAAUAUGUCAAGCACGUUUCAAUUACCCUGCUUGUCAACCAGAUGAAUUGUCAAUUGAAAGAGGCGAUAAAAUUCGUGUUUUGGAAAAAAGUUCAGAUGGUUGGUGGCGUGGUAUUCUAAUUACCGAAGGUAAACCACAGCGAAUGGGAUGGUUUCCAUCAAAUUAUGUCACAUUGGAUUUAUCAAAAAAUCUGAAUAGAUCUGGAAGUAGUUCACAACCCAGUAUAUUAAAUUCAAGUACACUUAAUCGGGAUGCAAAUGAUUUGUCUGUACCAAACAUUUCAAAUACUCAAGAUCAAAUUCCUACUCAAUACUUAGCUUAUCAAUAUUAUGAACAACAACAUUCUCUGAAUCCUGGUUCUGUUACAGAAAACCAACAACAAGUACAUCAACAACCGCAAUUACUAGUACGUAAUAACGACCCACCUAGUCAUGAAGGUCAGCAACAGCAACAUGAAACUGUUGUAACUCUUUACCCAUUUGUACGUAGUCAUGUAGCAGAGCUGUCUUUUGGUGAAAACGAGGUCUUGGAAGUACUUAACAAACCUCCUGAUGAUCCAGCUUGGUGGCAUUGUCGUAAUACUCGUGGUGAAAGUGGUCUGGUACCGCAUAAUUAUGUUACUGCUUUCACAACACCAGCAAUUGCAACUACAACACUAAGCAAAUCAUUCGGUUCAAAUCACAAGCCAUUAUCUUGUCAGUCUACAAAUUUUGGCCAUUCUAUUCGAAGUAACCAGGUGUCUGCGACUAAUUCAAGUUAUACAGUAACAAAUAAGUCACAGACUACUGAUGGAGAAACAUUGAGGCUAAGUUAUGCUACACAGUCUAGUACAGGUUGCUUACAUAUAAAUCGACCAUGGUUCUGGGGUAUUAUUUCACGCGCUGAAUGUGAAGAGAUGUUAGGUAAACAUUCUUUACCUGGUGAAUUCAUCGUUCGCGAUAGUGAGUCACAUCCUGGGGAUUUGACUAUAACUAUCAAUGCAGGCAAUAAAACAAGAAAUUUCAAAGUACAUGUUGAGAAAGGACAAUAUCAUAUUGGUCAGAAAGUAUUCAAUUGUAUUGAUGAUCUCAUCGAGCAUUAUGGUAGUCAUCCAAUAUUUAAAAACGAACAUGAGAAACAUUAUCUUACGCAACCUUUUGUUCAUCCUGGUGUUAAAUCAGUGAUCCCUUACGAAAGUAAUAAUAAUAGUAAUAGUUUUAGUAAUAUUACGUCCACUACUCCAACUAAAAGUAUUAACACUGUAUCGUCAGUAUCAUCGACGUGUUUUCUUCCAGUUUGUGGUAGUAGUGGGAACACCCCAACCUAUCAUCAUUCUAUUACUGCUUCACACGGUCGUUAUUCUUAAACUUUCUACUUUUGUUUCGAGAAAAAGUUUGUUUUCUGCAAUAAUUCUGAUUUUUCUUGUUCUGUUUUUACUACUCACCACCAAUGUAAUUGCUCUGCUUACGAUUAAUUUAAUUUAUUGUUUAUUUAGAAUGGAAUUGUUGUUAGAUAAAAAUGAAAUCGUUGUCAAGCGUAUAUAACGUUAUCUUUCAGAUUGAGUGGUUUUCAUCUGAUUAUUUGAUUACAUUAGGAGUUGGAGUAUAAUCGCUUCUCUGUUAUCAUGCAUACACACCCACACUUCAUGUUUCCCUAUUUAAUUCAGAAACACUUCAGUAUUGUCUCUCACCGGUGCUGUCAUGCUAUAUAUAUCCUGGGGAUUUUUAUUAUCGAAAACCUACUACAUGUUUAUUGCAUGUAAUUACUUCUAACACAUCAACUUGUGUUGACACAUAUUUUCUACUCAGUUUUUUCACUUCUGCUAAUUAACUUUGGGAUAUUAAUAGAUUUUACUUCCAUAAAUCAAAGCAUUAUCAUACUCUACAUUUUGCCACGACCUUCGUCCAUAAUUCCUCUAAAUUUAAUCUUUGGUAGUAACUCUGAGGCUUGUGACUGUUGUUCACAGUGUUCAUACCAAUCCAAUUAGCAUUAUUACUCAACAGCAUCACUAGUAGUUAUAAAACUUUGAGGUUUAUAAUAGAAAUCAGGUGUUCAUAACCAGAAAAUUGUCAUCCUUUGUAAAGAUAUUAUCGUUUUAUGUCAUAAUUUUUAUCUAGUUGUAAGUCUGCUAGAAAAUUAAACUUGUGUGCGUGUGUUAGUUCUUCAGUUUUAGUGGGUUUUCACAUUCUAUGCAAUUCAUUCACAGUCUUUGUUCAUUUUUGUUUGAGAAACAAAAACAAAAUUAAUUGUCUUGAUUUUUCUUUCUGAUUUAGUUUUUACGUAAUUUUUACUUGAGUUAUAUUCUUUCUUAUCUUCACUACCUGAUCAUGAAUACAUCUCUAUGUACACAUAGAAAGACCUGUAUUGAAGAGCCAUUUAACACCGCUGAAAUUUCAACACGCCUAGUUAUGAUAAAGUUACUGUAGUUGUAUGCCUUCGUUCUCCAUUGAUCCUCCAUUUUCUUUUUUUUGUUUUUUGUACCUCUACUUCUGCUGUUUUAUUAAUUUUGCUUUUUGUUUGAUGUCGAAAAUAAAACAAUGGAAUGUGUUAAAUGGAUUAUUAUCAUCAUUGUUGAAUAAUUUAUAUUCUAAUGCUUGAAAGUUCUCCUUAUUGCGUUCUUUGUAUAGUCUAUUUUUUGUGUAAUGAAUAAUGAUAAUGGUUCUUAUAUUGAAAUUUUGUCAGUUUCUGCUCAUUAAUUUUUUUCUCUAUU